CGCACGCCAUACUUCAAAGGUAAAGGACCACACUGACCAAUGAGAGGACAGCACAGGGUGGGAUUUAUACACUCACACCUCUGCACAGAAAUCUGUGGUGUGGGAGGACGACAGCAAGGACGGGGACAGGUGCAGUCAAACAGAGACACGAAGGCACUGCAUUUGACAUGGACGCAUCCGCCUGACCAGCUCCAGUCCCGUUUUCCAUCAGGUCCACCGCACCCGCCAACAUGUCGACGGUAGAAGGAGCCGGCCAGGAUGACGAAGGGGAGUACGGAAGGGCAUCAAAGCGGCUGAAAACGGAGGAGAGGGAGGAGGGGGAAGAUGAGCUGGAGGAGGGGGAGGAUUCGGACUCCGGUUCGCUGCCUGGUAACGCAGAUUCCGUGGUGGAAACCCGGGCCAGGUGGAGCUGCAUCGAAUACGGAGCAGGACGUAGGAAUAAUAGUGAGGACUCACAUCGUAUAUCUCCCAGUCCUGUGGUCCAUGUCAGAGGUCUCUGCGAGGCUGUUGUGGAAGCAGAUCUGAUAGAUGCCCUUGAGAAGUUUGGAGCCAUAUGUUAUGUGAUGAUGAUGCCAUUCAAGCGUCAGGCUCUGGUGGAGUUCUCUGCAUUGGAGAGUGCUGAUCGCUGUGUGUCGUGUGGAGCCAAGGAGCCUGUAUACAUCGCAGGCCAACAAGCAUACUUUAAUUACUCCACAUCCAAGAGAAUCACCAGGCCGACCAAUGCUGACAACCCAAACAGUGGCAACAAGGUCCUCCUGUUGUCCAUACAGAAUCCCCUCUACCCCAUAACCACGGAUGUUCUGUACACUGUGUGUAAUCCCAUUGGCAGUGUGCUGAGGAUCGUUAUUUUCAAACGGAACGGAAUCCAGGCCAUGGUGGAAUAUCCUUGGUUUGAGUCAGUUCAGUGUGCUCAGAAGGCCAAAGCUGCACUGAAUGGAGCUGACAUCUACGCUGGUUGCUGUACACUCAAGAUUGAAUAUGCAAGGCCAACACGUCUGAAUGUGAUUAAGAACGACAAUGAGAGCUGGGACUACACUAAACCGUAUUUGGUCAGACGAGAGCGUGGAAAGGGCAGACAGAGGCAGGCAAUUUUAGGAGAACACCCAUCGUCCUACAGUGAGAAUGGCUUUGGUCCACCCUGCCCCCUGCUACCUCUGCCUGCUAACAGCAGGUAUAAGCUGACAGUGGAUGUUCCAGACAUGGUGUCCUACCCUCUGCCCCAGUCAUCCUCCUCAUACUCUGGCCACGCCCCUAGCUCUGUUGCCAUGGUGAGCGGCCUACAUCCAUCCAAAAUGAACUGCACCAGCAUCUUCAACCUCUUCUGCCUUUAUGGCAACAUUGAGAAGGUAAAGUUUAUGAAGAGUGUUCCUGGUACAGCAUUGGUUGAGAUGGGAGAUGAGUAUGCAGUUGACAGAGCCAUCACACACCUCAACAGUAUCAAGGUGUUUGGCAAGAGACUCAACGUCUGUGUGUCAAAACAGCAUGCAGUGAUCCCCAGUCAGGUCUUUGAGUUAGAGGAUGGCUGCAGCAGCUAUAAGGACUUUGCCAUGACCAGGAACAAUCGCUUCAGCAGCGCUGGACAGGCAUCUAAAAACAUCAUCCAGCCUCCAUCUGCUGUGCUGCACUAUUACAAUGUGCCUCCAUGCAUAUCACAGGACCAUUUACUGAGGCUGUGUAUGGAGCAUGAUGUGCCUGUCUUUGUCAAAUUCAAGAUGUUUGAUGCCAAACCUUCUUCCAAGACCAUAUCUGGCUUGUUGGAAUUUGAAAAUAAGACAGAUGCUGUGGAGGUUCUUACUGUUCUCAACCAUUACCAGAUCAGGAUACCCAAUGGGUCCAACCCAUACACCCUGAAACUGUGUUUCUCCACCUCGUCACAUCUAUAAAAAGCUGAAGAGCACAAGAAGAGUAUGCUGAGAGUAGAUUUCUGACCUCUGACCUGAGGAAGGCACCAUGGGACAGACACAUAGAAGAGUGGAUGAGCGAUAAUGAGUGAUAAAAUUCACAAAAGAAGAUAAUGGGGAGAGAGAUGGAGAACAAGAUGAUGAAGUGAAGACUCUCACCAUCUCUAAAUGGAACAUCACUUAUUGUAUCAUCCCACCAUUCAGCCAUAACUCUCAAGCUGACAGACUAGCAACGCAUAAUAAUGUCUUCAAAUUGUCAUGUGGGACAUCUGGAGGACACUGCUCAUAUAUUAGUCCCUGAAGUCUUCACUGCAUGGUAAAAAAAGUGUCUUAAAGUGUGGACCUAGACGAACAGAGGUUGACUAAGGAAUCUACUGUACAUUGUUAGUCACACAUAAGGAUCUAAAAUCAUAAUCUUUGCUCAUGGCAGAUGGUGAGUCAAAUCAUUUUUAAUGUUUAAAACCGAUAAAAACGAGUGUUGCCUUGAAUUGUCAUUGAGUAUAUGUAGUGAAUAUGAAUAUAAUUUUAACACAAGUUCUCAUAUAAGGUUUAGUAGAUGUCGCGUCACUGUUUAGUUCAGUCAAUUUAGAUUCAGUUAGUUCAGAUAUCUGGCCAGUUGUUGAGUUUGCUGUAGAUGUUUGUGGUCCUCAAAGGAAGUGACCCUCUUAACUGACUUUUCCCAUACCACCAGCAUAAGGUCAGUCAGCAGUAUAAUGUGUGACAAGGUAUAUGGUAAACUAAAGGCAUUCAAUUUCACAUGAAUAUCAAUGUUUCCACAUGGUUACCUCCAUCAAAAACCUCUGAGCCCAUUUUGCCUAAUGCAAGAACAUUCUCAUAUUCUUAUCUUAAAUUUCUCUUGCAUUUGUUCAUACAAACAUGGCACAUCAGAUUCAGCAAAGGCUUCUAACUUCAGAAAUGUAAAUGACCUGCAUUAUUAUUUAAGUCCUGUCUAGUUAACAGCAUAACAACACUCAGGACCUGCAGUGCUGUUAAUGCUGUGUCACCUGUGAGUUGCACUGAAAUAAAGAAAAAAUGGUCUGCUCAGACGUUGUCCUCUUUGCAUUUUGGACAAUCCCUUAUUUUUGACAUUAGUGUUGUCAUCCUCAGCCCAACAUAUUAACAUUCAUUUAGGAUACCAGAUGAUACAUCAGUUUCUUAAUCAAACUCAUGUUUCCAAAGGGAUGAACAAGUUGGUUUCUAAUACUUAUCAUAUUUAAUCUGGUCUCACUUCCAUGACAAAUCAUAUUUUUAGCACCACUUCUGGGGAGGCUGUAAGAAUAGUUCAGUCUUUCUAAUUAUGUGUAAUGAAAUUACAGCUUUCUUCUUUGACAGCAGAGACACUAUAUUUUAUCGACAGCAAAGGAAGGGAAUGAUGUCAAGACGCAGUUAAUACAAUAAGAAGAUGGAACUAGUCAAAAUUAUGAAUCUGUGUGAAGUAUGCAUGUAAUGCUUGUGCCUGCCCAAGUUUAAUCACACAGUUGCAGGUUAGUUUGAAUGGCAUAUCUUAAUUGCCUGUAGAAUGUUAUUAUUUAUCUAUUUUUGGGGGCUGUGCCCGUACUCUUGCUCGCUGGCGAGCUCUGCUACCAGGUCUGGCUCAAAGAGCGCUUCCUUCCUUAUUGUAAUGCAUUUCCCCUUGAAAGAUCAAACAGGGACUGACAAGUAAUUCAGAAUAAUCCAAUGGGACAUAAUCGACUUACCCAACAAUUACCAUCUUUGAGGGUAUGGCACCACUAAACAAAAGUCAGGUUUGAAUAAUAAAUGUAAAUUCACCUGAAAAUAUUGAGAAAUGCAGUGUUGGCCGGUCUGUCAAGGUGGAAUAAGGCGGCCAAACUUUGAAAUUAUACAAUUUUUUUUUUAUUUUACUUUGAAGGAAAUGUGUGAGUAAAUGGGCAAUCCAAGAUCAGCAUAGAUGGAUUACAGACUGGUCCCUGGUUAAGAGCAUCUGUAUGAACUGACUUGUUGUGAUUUGUAGUUUGAAAGUCAUAGAGGUCAGUUAAAUGAUACAAAAUGAUACAAAGCAGCUUUCGGACGCUUGAGGACCUGUUUACCUCCCUGUGCCCACACUCCCAUUUUCCCUGUCCAUGUCCUGAGUGAUUUAUUGGAUGAUGCUUGGAUUGGAUGUACACACUUAGAUUCUAUGAGACCAGUUAUUUGGUGAAGAUGAGUACAAAAAGCAUAUUGUUGCACCCAGUAACUCUUCGACUUGCAGAUUUCACUGCACCAAGCCUUUCUUUUAUUUCAUGAAGGUAUGCUCCUAAUCUUGUGUUAAAAAAUUUUACAUGAAUGAUGAAUACCACAAAGUCUGCCCCUAAAUAAAUGCCCUUUUUGAUGUUGUGAAACGGUUUAAUUUAAUGGACAAAAAAACAGUAUAUAUCCUCUGUUUGUCUUAAAUACAUGAAUCUUAUUGUAUUUCUAAUGAGGUUUUAUUUAUUUAUUUAUUCGUUUUUUAGGCCUUAAAGGUAGUUAGAUGAAUGGGCUAUCUAAUUAUUUUAGGCUAUAAAGGUUUAAUGUUGUCAAUUUUGUGUAAUCAAAGACAAAACAUGUAGAAAAAUAUAACUAUAUUGUGCCAUUCAUCUAAGAAUGUUGUUGUAACUUACAUGUAAGUGAAUAAAUCCAAGUCUGUGGCUACGAGAUCACAGAUUAAAUUUGAUUUUUUUCCAUGUAACUUCAAUUCAUGCUGUAUUUACAAAAAAAAGGAUGUUCUUGUUCAUUAAAAAAAAAACUUG